AUGUUGUCAUUUGACGAGAUGACCAAGAAAAUGUGGGUUUUUUUUUAUUUUUGAAAAAAAAUCAAUCAAAAAUUUUUCAGAGACCUUCUAGAAUCCGAAUUUUUCAAAAUAUGUUUGGUUAUUCCUAUUUUAAUCAUCACAAUUCUAUUGCUCAUAUUAAUCGUAAGUUUUCCAGAAAUUUUUUUGUUCCAAAAAAAAACUAGUCCCUCGGGGAUUCCCCAAACUUUUUCGCUAAAACAAGACAUUUUCGGGACACGAAUAUUUUCUUUUUUGCCAUUGCAGCUAUCGACUUUUCCUUUUUUUUCGUAUUUUUUCGCCCCAGCCAUCCUCUUCAAUUAGCACCAUUUUCUCAUUAUUUCUUCCUCUUCUCAUCCUUUUUUUGUUUUGUUUUUUAUGCCCUUUUUGUUUCAAAAUUGGAUUUUUUUUCGGGGGGAGAAAUAGUGCAGAAAUUGGAGAGACGCAGAGAAAAAUAAGCAGCGCCCACUUUCGAGAAAAUAAGCAGCGCCUAUGUAUUAUUUGGAGAGAGCGCAGAGAAAAAUAAGCAGCGCCCUCUUUUUGAAAAAAUAAGCAGCGCCUAUGUAUAAUUUGAAGAGGGUGCAGAGAAAAAUAAGCAGCGCCCAAACAAGCUCCGCCCACUAAAAAAAAUAAGCAGCGCCUAUGUAUAAAUUUGAGAGAGCGCAGAGAAAAAUAAGCAGCGCCCACUUUUCAUUGAAAAUAAGCAGCGCCUAUGUAUAAUUGUAAGAGAGCGCAGAGAAAAAUACACCAUUUUGUAGGAAACUUCAAGCUCUAUUAAAAUAAUUCUAGAUUUUACCCUGAACCCUAUGAAAAUCACCCAAAAUCCCCCCAAAACAAAAAAUUUUGCAGCUUUUCCGAAUCAUGUUUUGUUGCACACGAUCGCAACGAAAAAGAGCCGUCGAAAAAUUGGGAUCUCUUCGAAAAGUAGGUUAAACUUCUCGCGAGAUUCAAAUUUUUCAAAAUAAAAAAAAUUUCCAGCACGAUUCCGGUCCGAUGUUUGCCAGACUGGAAGAAUUCGACAUUCUAACCCCUCUUCAACCACUAACCCCCGAUUCUACAGUAAUCCUAAAGAACUACGGUAGCGCCUCCUCGUCUUCAGUAUCCCCCUUGUUCUCUGUUCAUUCUUCCUCGUCGUCUGACUCUCCACCACCGCCACGUAGAUCAAAUAAUGGAAAAACGUUGAUUGUGCCUUUAAAUGCAUCGAGAUGUGAGUUGGGAACGACUACAGUACUCCCAAACUAUAGUACUCAUUUUGUAGAUCGAAAUCCAAUGGUCAUGACACCAUCGGGUUUGGACAGUAGGCUGACUUCCUUGGAUGGUGCCACUACAACCAAAUCCUGUGCCACAAUUCCGGAAGACGAUGAGGAUGAGACUGAAGACCUUUUAUCGAUCGAUAGGGUACGGUAGAUUUUGGCAACAAAGAAAAAUAAGCAGCGCCUAUGUAUUAUUGUGAGAGAGUGCAGAGAAAAAUAAGCAGCGCCCACUUUCUCAUUGAAAAUAAGCAGCGCCUAUGUAUUAUUGUGAGAGAGUGCAGAGAAAAAUAAGCAGCGCCCAUUUUCUCAUUGAAAAUAAAUAAGCUCCGCCCACUUCUGAAAAAUAAGCAGCGCCUAUUUAUUAUUCUGAGAGAGUGCAGAGAAAAAUAAGCAGCGCCCACUUUCUCAUUGAAAAUAAGCAGCGCCUAUGUAUUAUUUUGAGAGAGUGCAGAGAAAAAUAAGCAGCGCCCACUUUCUCAUUGAAAAUAAGCAGCGCCUAUGUAUUAUUGUGAGAGAGUGCAGAGAAAAAUAAGCAGCGCCCAUUUUCUCAUUGAAAAUAAAUAAGCUCCGCCCACUUCUGAAAAAUAAGCAGCGCCUAUUUAUUAUUCUGAGAGAGUGCAGAGAAAAAUAAGCAGCGCCCACUUUCUCAUUGAAAAUAAGCAGCGCCUAUGUAUUAUUUUGAGAGAGCGCAGAGAAAAAUAAGCAGCGCCCACUUUUUGCAUUGAAAAAUAAAUAAGCAGCGCCCAAAUAAGCUCCGCCCACUUUUGAAAAAUUAGCAGCGCCCAUGUAUUAUUUGAAGAGAGUGCAGAGAAAAAUACAUUUUUUACAGACCAGCGUCUCAUUUUACGAGCCCGGCAAUCGAUUGUACUCGGGUUACAAUUUAUGCCUCCCACAACCAGCUCCAGAAUUUCAGGUAAGGUUUUUCAUCUGUCUGAAAUUUUCAGAUUUCCAGAUUUUUUUUUAUUUUUGAAAACAAAAUUAAAAUAAAUUCAAAUUUUUAGUCAACUUCUUCCGGAUUUUCACCAAUGGUAACUCGCUUUUUUCAAGCUUCUAACCUUAUUUUUGCUAAUUUUCACCUCAAUUUUCUGAAUUUCCCAGAAAAAAUAAUUUUUCCAGCUUCCCGCUCCCACUUAUUCUCCACCAUCGUUGCCUUCAGAAUCACCAGCCACCAAGCCAGAGUAUGAAAAAAAAUAAAUUUGAAAAUGUUUUUUUGAAAAUUUAAUUUCAGGUCUCCAAAUUCGUCCUCGUCACAAUCGCUCACGGACAGUUUUUAUAUGAAUAAUUUUGAUGGAAUUUCUUCAAGUAAUUUAUUUCUUUAAUUGUGAGAAAAAAUUUGAAAAAAAUCUGAAAUUUUCAGAUUUUUCGGGUUCCCAGCUUUUCGACGAAGAAUCGUCUGAAAUCGCCAUCAAAUUUCAACUUCAUCGAAUUGAGGAAGAAUCAGAGGUUUCGGAAACCUGCGAAUUUGUGCCUAGAAGUAUUUCACAGCAAUUUGAUAUGAUGAGACAGCAAUCGGAAAAUAAUGUUUGA